AUGUAUGUAGUUACUUCGACGGAAGAGAUCUUACUGGGACAAUCUCUGUCUCUGGAUUUUGGAUCCAGCUUGGAGGGUGGAUCCGGGAUAGCAUUAGCGGCAACUUCAACAGCAAUCGUAAUGGCAACACCGUCAGUUCGAGUUGCAGGAGUGGUGUCACGGAUCAUUCGGCUUGCAACCCCAGAUUCCGCGCUCAUCAUGAUGGACGUUGUCGAAGUGUCUGAAACAGUGACCACGUUUGGCGCUUCGUCACCAGAUGUUAAACAUUAG